GAUUAAGAAACUGGAUUUCUGAGCAUGAGGUCAUACUGAGAAACUUUCACAAAGACACCAUGAGCAGGACUGUCCAUACCUUUCAUAGACUGUUCUUAUUCAUUUGAACACACUCCUCACUGGAGUUUAUCAUCACUAUGAAUAAGAUUGCAGAAUUCACUGGUGCAGGCCACUAAGUGAAUCAACUGAUUUUGAAAUAUAUUUUACCACCUAUUCAAAACCUCAGGUCAUUAAAAUAACUUUGUGGGGAAAGUAGGAAAGGUCAAUGGAAGAUUGAGGACAUUAAGUUGGGAAAAGAAAAAUGACUCUAGCAGUGUCCUAUGAGUAAUGAGCAUCACAGGUCAAACGAGAGGCCCCUCACUUAAGCUCUAGUAUUUUGUUCAAGGGUCAACUCUUGGCUACAGAGUCUUCAUUCCCAUUGUCUGUAUGUGGCACAAGCUAGUACUUUGCCCUCUCCCCAGCUCCAAGGGUAAAUGCACAUUACAUAGGGAUAUGCUCUGCACACAGAGCCCUCCAUAGUCCUCUGGGACAACACCCAACCUCUGCAUCUUGUCUCUGACCUCUUCCAGGAUCAGUUCUCUCCUCUAUCAUCUUCAGUGUUGCUUCCAGAAAGCAAUAUUAACACACAGGCAAUUCAAUUAAUUAGAAUCCUGAUGUCUCAGCAAUAUUUGCAAAGAGUCAAGGCUCAGUUUGGAGGAAUAUCUCCACAGUGGGUAUGCAUAGAGAAGGCCAUGCCUAAACAUAAGAGUGGAGAUUCAUGAAAGUGUCCUUUCCCUGCCAGGCUCCGUGGGGGCACACCAUUUGUUGUGGGUAACCUGUCUGGAAUGUAGUUAAUGUUUCUAUCCUCUAUUUCUGCAGAUGGAGAUAAACAAGUGCAGGAGUUAAGUGGCUUCCCCAAUUGUCACAGAUACAUAAACCAACUAAAUGGGAACCCAGGAAGUCCAGCUGCAGCCUCUGUAUUCUUCACACCCAGAGUGUAGCAGAGGUUCUCUCUGUCUCUUUCUGAAAUAGCUCAUAUUACAGCACCAUACCAUGAUGUUGUUUUUGCAAAUAUCUGUCACAUCCAGAUGUCUUAAAUGAGGGUGUUGCUAUGGCUCUACCAGGAAACACUCUACAGGCUCUCUCCUUGGAUCUCAGAGUCCUCAAUAAAGCUCAUGGAUGAGAUUUUAUUUCACUGCAGACCUAGAGACAAGCAUCAAGGUGACAGUGUUGGAAGGAGACAUUCUUGACACCCAGUACCUGAGGAGAGCUUGCCAGGGCAUCUCUGUUGUCAUCCAUACUGCUGCCAUCAUUGAUGUCACAGGUGUCAUUCCCAGGCAGACCAUCCUAGAUGUCAAUCUGAAAGGUACCCAGAACUUAUUGGAGGCCUGUAUCCAAGCCAGUGUGCCAGCCUUCAUCUUCUCCAGCUCAGUUGAUGUUGCAGGGCCCAACUCUUACAAGGAGAUUGUCUUGAAUGGCCAUGAGGAAGAGUGUCAUGAAAGUACAUGGUCUGAUCCAUACCCAUACAGCAAAAAGAUGGCUGAGAAGGCAGUGCUGGCAGCCAAUGGGAGCAUGCUGAAAAAUGGUGGCACUUUGCAAACUUGUGCAUUAAGGCCCAUGUGCAUUUAUGGGGAGAGAAGUCCACUCAUUUCUAACAUAAUAAUUAUGGCCCUUAAACAUAAGGGUAUUCUGAGAAGUUUUGGCAAAUUCAACACAGCCAACCCAGUAUAUGUGGGCAAUGUAGCCUGGGCACACAUUCUGGCUGCCAGGGGCCUUCGAGACCCCAAGAAGUCACCAAAUAUCCAAGGAGAGUUCUACUACAUCUCAGAUGACACCCCUCACCAAAGCUUUGAUGAUAUAAGUUACACCUUGAGCAAGGAGUGGGGCUUCUGCCUUGAUUCCAGCUGGAGCCUUCCUGUGCCCCUACUGUACUGGCUUGCAUUCCUGCUGGAAACUGUGAGCUUCCUCCUGAGUCCAAUCUACAGAUAUAUACCUCCCUUUAACCGCCACUUGGUCACACUGUCAGGUAGCACAUUCACUUUCUCCUACAAGAAAGCUCAGCGAGAUCUGGGCUAUGAGCCACUUGUCAGCUGGGAGGAAGCCAAGCAGAAAACCUCAGAGUGGAUCGGGACACUAGUGGAGCAGCACAGGGAGACACUGGACACAAAGUCUCAGUGAUGGAAGAGGGUGAGACAUGGCCCUGGGUGUAAUCAAGUCCUUCAGCAAGUAGAGACACACAAGACAGGUGCUGCUGCCUUCUUUUGACACAGAGGCCAAUUUAGUGCCUUAAUCAAGUCACCAAAGCCUUGCCAGUCACUGACCCAGCCACAAGCCUUUUUUCUGAAAUUCCUCUCCAAAGACACACGGGCAUCUGUGCCCCAGCUUCUGGGUCCAAGCCCCUCAGCACCUCUCAUACCUCAGAGCUCUUUCCAUUAAUUUCUCUCCGCAUUCAAAACAUGUAUAGCCUUCAGAAAAUUCUGCUUGCUUUAUGAAGCCCAAUGGAAGAAACAAUUAUUUGUCAAUACCUCAUCUGUGGAUUGUGAUUUUCUGUAAAUAAACAAUUAUAUGUCCCUUCUA